AGCCACACGAGGCAUGUGAACUUUCAGGCAUCAUCUCUCUCAAAAUCCAUUUAAGCUGCAUAACUAAACAAUCAUGGGUCACAGAACCUGCCGCCCGGUUCCCAUGAAGCUCUCAGCACUCUUGUUUGUCCUGGCCUCUGCCUUGACCGUGUUGGCUGCACCCAUUUAUAUUGGGAUAGGCGGUGACUUGUCGGUAGCAAGGACCGCGUUCGAGGGCGCUCGUGAGGUAUGUGAAUUACGAUCGUCGUCUGUGUGCGGCAGUUCAUCCGCCCACUCUCAGUCUGGUUGGGAGGUCACAGGCCGGCAACGGGACGCCCAGUCCGGUUUGGCAGACAAAGACUGGAAACGGGACGCGCCCACAGACGAGUAAAUGUGGAAUAAUGUAGAAGUGAUGAACAGAAUGAUCUCUAAUAUAUCCCUUAAUUCAUCACCUUUCCUUUUUUAUUCUUCCAUUUCAUUCACUUGUUAUAGUCUUAAAUGGACACACAAGUCUCGUCUUCGCUUUGAACUAUGCUUUUAAUCAAUCUGGUCACCCGCAUUUCUUCCUCAUUCCACCAUGACAAAACCACGCGGUAUGCGAGGCUACUACAUAUCCCCUGUCGCGACAUUGGCAAUGAUGGCCUUGAUUCGGACUAGUAUAUUGGGCCUUAUCUUCAGUGUUGCUAUCUUUUCGUGCUGUCAACAUGAAUCGACUGGAUAAGUGAUUAUAGUAAUAAGGAAGCUGAACACAAUUAGUGGUCCGAAAGAAGUGGACGAAAUACCAAAACGAGGGCUCUUGAGGU